CAAGCGAACAUCGCAACACCCGAAAAACUCCCACAUAACCUCAAAGUGCAGUGAAAAGUCCAAUUACAACAAAAUUUGUUGUAUUUAUUUAACAUGUGUUACUUUAGUGGAAAGCCACGGCACUUACCGAUUAGCACAGGUCCGUACAUGCCCGGGUGCACCGACGUCAUGCUGGAUUAUGCACAGGACGGGAUUUUUAUGAGGUUUUUUUAUCCUACCGAGGCCAAAAAAGAUUCCAACAAUUACACGAAGUGGGCCAAAUGGAUGCCGGAUGAUAGUUACAUAGUUGGGUUGGCAAGAGUUUUUAUGAUUUUUCCGUUUUUGAUUAGGUUUAUUUUUUGGUGGUCAGAUAUUAACCUGUUCCCAUCUCUAUACGGCGAAAAACCAAAGUUGGACAAAAAACUCCGCCCAAUCAUAAUCUCGCACGGUCUGGGGGCGCAUAGAAACUUUUACUCGAAUUUGUGUUGCGAGUUGGCCUCUAGAGGCUUUCUUAUUGUAGCCCUAGAACAUAGAGACAACUCUGCUGGAAAUACGUAUUACUACAGCUCUAAAAUAAACGCGGGAAAAGAUGUGAAAACUCUUAUAGACCACAAACCCAUCCCUCUUGGAAAGAACCAUUACAGAAAGAGGAACGAACAGGUGCACAAAAGGGCCAAGGAGUGCUCUAGAGCCCUAGAUGUUUUGAUAAGUUUGCAUGCAGGAGAGAAGCUGUACAAUGUUUUGGAUGACACGCUUCUGCAUAAAAAUAUUGCGUUCAGUUUGGAUUUAUUCGGUGAUAAGUUGGACUUGAAUAGUGUUACCAUGAUGGGACACUCUUUUGGGGGCGCUAGCGCCUUAUUGGCUCUAUCUCAGAGAAAAGAGUUGAGGCAGGGAAUUUUACUGGACCCUUGGAUGUUCAGCAUUAAAGAUGAGAAUCUCUAUGAAAAAAUUGAGCAACCUUUGAGGUUUUUAAACACCCAGACGUUUCACCUGAAAAGUAACGUUAAUAUUAUGGAGAAAUUUCUCGAUAGAGAGCACAGGGACAUGUGCACAAUACUGCAUACUACGCAUGAGCACCAAACGGACACGCCCCUUUUGAUAGGGUCUUGGCUGAAUUGGUUCAUGAAAAAACUGAACCCUGAGGUAGCUUUAAAAAUUAACACAGCCUUGGUUGUCAAAUUUUUGCACGAACAGGUGGAAUACCCGGAAAAUAUUGAAGAAUUUGACAAGAUUUUAAAAGAUAAUAGUAGGAAUAUCGAAUAUGGUUUAACAAAACCGUGGGCUUAACAGAAAUAAAGAGUUUUUCAAAAUA